AUGAGCUUGAAAGAAGUAUUCGAACAACAUCCAUGGAGGUCAUUUAAGAAGUUCAAUGAAGCUGCAAAGAGUUCGGGAUUUACUAACAGAGCUGAAGUGAAAAGGUUCUUUGACAAAAAUGUUGUACAUCAAACAAAAAUAAAUCCUUACGACUACUUUUUACCAAUUUACUCCAACACUCCUGACGCAUACCAAUUUGACACUCUCAUUCAAAGCAGAAAAGGAGGACAUAAACCAUUCCUCAUCUUCAUAAAUGUUAACACUCGUAAAGCAUAUGCGUAUAUAAUGAGAAAUAAAGGAACUCAUGAAGUGUUAAGAGUUUUACAAAAGUUUGUAGCAGAACAUAGCCCAAGUAUUUUAACAUCAGACCAAGACGGUGCAUACCUCAGCAACGAAAUCACAGAAUUUCUCAUUAAGCAUAACAUAACUCACUACACUACUGAAGACCAUAACCAUAACAUACUCGGUAUCAUUAACCGCUUCAUAAGGACUCUCAGAGAUUUAAAUCAAGAGCGAGACUUUACCGAAGAAACAAUGAAACAUUUUCUCGAAGUAUAUAAUUCCUCAACACAUUCUACAACAGGACAUACACCAAAUUCAAUGACACAACAACAAGAAGAAAAGUAUAUACAAAAGAAACGAAGCCAAACACAAAAUAUCAGAAAUUCAACACAAUUUACUCUCAUUCCUGGUACAAAAGUUCGUGUAGUUCUUGACGACAAACCAUUGACAAAGAAACGUUUAAGGUUAAGUCGAAAUUAUUAUAUCGUAGACUCUACGCAAGGUAAUGGAUAUCUUAUAAAAGCUGCUGACGACUCCAUAGCAUUUUACCCUCGACAUAAAUUA